GAAAGAGAAAGAAAGAGAAAGAGAGAACGAGGGCUGGGUUCGCUCGACGUAAGUGGGCAGCUUGGAAUGUGCAAACAAAAGCAUACAGAAAAAGAUACAGACACUUCCCCGCGGAUGCUCUCCGGAUGCUGUUCUUUUACAGGGGGGGAUCGUCAGAAACUCCCCGCCAGAUGGCGCGAACGGAUAUCGAUCGUUUUUAGAACGCAAUCGACUACCACCGGCCAUACCACCGUGCCAGGGGAAGGAAGUGAAGCAGUUCUAACCUUGAGAAGGGCUUGUGGGAAGAUGUUUAUUUCUGGCAUUUGGGCUGGUAUCGUGAACGAUCGGAUAGCAGGACUGGUGUGAUUGUGUGUGCGUUCCAUCUAACACGGAGAUGAUCGGUUCCGUCGCUGUUGCCGUCUUCUAUUUAGUGAUCAAUUUCUUCUUCAGAAAAUUCAGUUAAACACACAAACACACCGGUUGAACGACGACAAUUUGGUCUUGCGCUUUUGGCGAACACGUUACGUCACCAGCACAAGCGAUAGGAGAAGGUAGACAUGGCCUGUGGCAAAGAAAAGGGAAGUUGUGUUGUGGCUGUGUACGUCGAACUCAUCGCCUCUCGCUCACCAUCUUCGUCGUUGUCGGCAAUUUCCAAAAAUAAGCAUCCCCAUUCCAUUCUACUUUUGGUGCCUUUUGAGCGAAAAGAGCGAGCGAAAGCGAGAGAGAGAGAGAGAAAGAGAGAGAGAGAGAGAGAGAGAGAGAGAGAGAGAGAGAGAGAGAGAGAGAGAGAGAAAGACAGGGAUGGAUUACUACCAGCAACAAAAACAUCCCACCCGGUGGCGGUUGAGGUUCGGACCCAGAUUCAGGCCGGAAUGCCGAAAAGAAAAACGCGUGACGGCGGUAUGUGUUUUUUUGCCCGCUCCAGGGUGCAAAUUGGCAAGGAUGGUGGUGGUGGUGGUUGUGGUGUCUCGCUGCAUCCAUUUUGUGAUUUUGUGGCAAAGGGUGGGCAGAAACAUCGCAAAAAAACUGACACACGCACACAGAGCGAGCAUCUGUGGGUCCACAAACUAUGAAUAGCGGCGUGUGCGUGUGCUGCCCGUGACGACACGCAUAUGGCUGUACGGUGGUGUGCGUUUGUCAGUUUCGGAUAAUCGGAACACCUACUUUUUCCGAUUAGUUUCGACGCAGUUUGUUUACAUUGUGGGAUCGCUUCCUUCCGGGCGAUGAUCGUGAACGGUGGUCGCGGUUCGCCAUAUAAGGGAAAACAGUAGAACGCCACACACGCACAGACGACGCGUAAUAAAACAGCACCAGAUUAGCCCGGUUUGCAUCAUAAAUCCAACGUAAUCCUCCGGGCAGACGUCCCCCGUCAGCGGGAAAUAAAAUCAACGAGCGUCGAUAGAGCGGACUUAAUCCGGCAGUGUAAGUGAAAAUAGUACAGCAAAAAAAAAACCCUAUACCAAAUCCUCACUUCCGCCACGGGUGAAAGGUGAAUGAAUGAUAAAUAAAACGUGCCCCACGCCACAUUGCCCGCACGCGAAGCGACCGGAAGCGGGAAGCAGCACGGCACAGCGUGUGGCCCUAACCUCCCGAAGCACCCGGUACCGUUGGCCAUCCUUUCGCGCGCGCAAGAGUCAGGGUUGGUAAAAGUUGGCAUACUGUCCGACUGUCGGGUGGAUGCGAGGAAAGACGAAAGAGCAUGUGUGUGUGUGUGUGUUGAUGAUCGUUUCCCUUCGAAUGGCGGUUCGGAUCGGAUUCGGUCGCCCGUGUCGCGAUGGAGGUGAAAGUGAAAUGACGAUUGUUUGCGGCGGUACGAGAAGUAAAGCGACAAACAAUAGUAAUCGUAGUACUGGUAGUAGUAGUAGGAGCAAUGGCAACGGGAGGGGCUAGCCCUAGGCUAAUUAAACCAUGCGAAGAAUUUGAACUCAUUGAAGCAUUAUCGAUCGAUCGGUGCAGUUCACAUCGGCGACUCGGCGACUCGGAGACCGUGCCCCGGCAGCUGUUGUGUACAUUAGUUGUGGUUCACGCUUACGAGAGAUUAAAUAUUCAACCAGGGCACGAUUGCAGCUAGGAGAAAUUAAUCAUCUGAAAACAAAUACAGUACAUUGAAGAGGACUUUUAAAAACGUGUUGAAUCGUUGAAUUAAAACACACAACAGUUGAAUUACAGCAGCGGAAAAGCAUCAGCUACAAAAAUGAUUCACGUGGAUGAAACAGAUCCCCUCGGAGACAUUCCACCAGCGUUCCCGUACCGAGAGGUGGAAAUUAAGCGCGGCAUCGAUCCAAAACAGAUAUACGAGCUCAGCUCCGAGCUUGGCAGGGGAAAGUUCGGCGUAGUCUACAAAUGCAAGGAAAAGUCGACCGGCGUCCGUCUGGCGGCCAAAUUCAUCCAGAUCGUAAAGAAGGGCGACCGGCGCAACAUCGAGCGCGAGGUGCACAUGAUGAACGUGCUACACCACUCGAAGAUCGCUCAGCUGUACGCGGCGUACGAGUUCGAUCGUACCUUCUGCGUCAUGAUGGAGCUCGUGGAGGGCGGCGAACUGUUCGAUCGAGUGCUGGACGAAAAGUUCGUGCUGACCGAGAAGGCGUGCUCGAUCUUUAUGCGCCAGAUCUGCGAUGCGGUCGCGUACAUCCACGGCAAUAACAUCAUCCAUCUCGACAUGAAGCCGGAGAACAUACUCUGCCUGACGGAGAGCGGAAACCGGAUCAAGAUCAUCGAUUUCGGGCUGGCGCGCGAGUACGACCCAGACAACAAGCUGCAGGUGCUGUUCGGGACGCCCGAGUUUGUCGCCCCGGAGGUGGUCAACUUUGAGGCGAUCUCGUUCGCCACGGACAUGUGGAGCGUUGGUGUGAUCGCUUACGUGCUAGUUUCCGGACUUUCACCUUUUGCCGGUGAGGAUGACAUUCAGACGAUGGGCAACAUAACGAUUGGGAGAUACGAUUUCUUGGAUGAAGCGUUCGACAACGUUUCGGAGGAAGCGAUCGACUUCAUCAACCGGUGUUUGGUUAAGGAACAAAAGGAGCGUCUGACAGCGGAAGAUGCGCUCAAGCACAAGUGGAUCAAGCGGAAACCCCAGUACCAUCCAACGAAUCGGCGACCAUCGCUCACCAACAGCUUCAAGCCGAUUCUGCUGGAAAGCAACAACAACAGUAGUAAUGUGACGAACGCCGAAAUUGCUAAGGACAAUCUGAAGGAACUGGUAGGCAAGUGGGACGAAACGCCCAACAAUCGGUACGCGUUCGAGCAGGACACGGAGAACAUUAUUGCGCCGUCCGGCGAAACCGUACAGCUGCGACGGCCCACGCUACCGGAGCUGGCCGGGCUAGCGAACGGCAGCAACACGUCCGGCAGCCGGAGGGGCAGCAUAGCGCGAGUAGCCCUCGAUGUGAAUGAAGACGCAGAGAGUAACGCCGAAAAUGAAGCACCGAAUCAGGGUAGCGAUUCGAACUACAAUGUCCAUCGCCGUUACGACGAGCAGCAAACGAAGCACCAGCAACACCACUACGAUCCGGACAAACCACCAAUAGUGCUGGAGUUGACGCAACAAACAAGAGCUGAAGCAGAAGAGUCGAACGCAUCCGACAGCUUGUCGCUCUCAACUAACACUUUUCCGGCUACUAAUAGUGAGCGAUUUGAUAGCUGUCAGCGCAGUGUGACGUCUAACAGCGCCCGCUACGAUGAGGCACCUGCGGUACAGGGUGGUAACGCAGCUAGUGGUGGUAGUAGUAGAAGUAUUUGCAGUAGUGAUAGUAACGGCAGUAUUAGUAGUUAUAGUAGCUUAGAGGAAAGAGCGCCUACUGCUAACCAGCAAAUGCCAGCUUGCGCAAAUACCGACGGUGGUCUUGAGCCGGCAUCAAAGACCAUCGUCAUCGUCGUCCAGCAGCCGCAUCCCGUCCCAAACUCAUCCCCACACACCAACAACACGCACACUGAUACAAACGCAUCCAACGGACGGCCAAACCGUACGUCCGUGUCGUCCGAUUUCCUUUCCGCAGAUAGUGACUCUGUUGCGUCCUCCUGUGACACCACGGCAAGCGUGUGCACGGAUCCGGCCCCAUCCCCAACAACACCACUACACCUUCUACACCCAGGGUCACCUGCCCAACCGAACCCACCACGGACCGUCGGUUCCGCGGGUGAUGGUGACGCGGUGACCGAUACACACCGGGACAAGGCACUGGAUGGAGUGGAGCAGUCGGCACUGAACGCAUCGACCGUCACCACACCGACAACCCCCGCACCUGCCCUCGAGCUGGACAGUGAGCUGGAGAGUCUCAAGUCGAAGGUGAACACGAUCCGCACCUCCCGGGCGCAGAACAAGCUGAAUGAGCUGGCCCAGCGGCCCGACUUCCUCGCGAACGAUCCGUUCAAGCUGCCCACGUUCCGGUUCCUGCCCAAGUCUAUCAGUCUCUGCAACGAAGAUUCGGUGUUCAAGGAGAACUAUACGAAGUUUUGCGAUCGUAACGCGUCUGGCAGGUUAUCGCGCGAACAAUCGCAGGAGACGACGGUAAGCGAAAAGAUAGAUACAGUCGGUACAAUUGUACGCAAGAAGUCGACCACGUCGUCAACGACAAAGAAGAAAAAAGAUCCAGAAGGAGCGGCCACGGCGACGACGACGACCACAACCACUACGACCUUCUCGAGUACACCCUCGGGAAAGAUCGCUUCCACUACUACGGUGCGCAAAACGAUCGUUAAACAGCAGAAGAUUGUAGUGGAAGAUGCGAGUUCGAGUGUGACAACUGUCGGGACCUCCGAGAGCAGCAGAUCGAGAUCGAUCGCACCAACCAAGAGUCUCGAUGUGUCAUCAUCGUCAACGGCAUUGGACAGCAGCAAGUUAACGCAUUCGGCUUCGAUCAAGCGUACCAAAUUCCGCGUCAAUCAGCUCAGCAGUCGAGAUGUGCCGGUGGCGAUUAACUCCGUCGCACGGCGCUAUCUCGAACGGAGUGGUAUACAGGAUGAUCUUUCCACGUCGGCCGCCAGACUGCCCCGUACGCUCAGCCCCACCGGCCCGGGUCAGACCACGCUCGACGACACGGUGACGGUGAACAAUCUGCGCAACAGUGCGCUACGACUGCGCAGCUCGGUUUCGGUGGACUGGGAUGCGAUGGAGGCGGUCGAAAAUCGAUCGAUGAAGACGAUCAACACCUUCCUGAAGCGGCACGCCGUAGCCAGUUCGGCCGUGAAACAGAUCCAAGCACAGCUAGAGGCAACCAUUACAACGCACAAGUAGGAUAGACGGAUUCCUCUGCUCACAAUCAGGGUGUUUGAGGGUGUUCGAUAGCAAUGAGAUGAUUGUACAUACAAUACGCACCCUCUUUUCUAUACGCCAUGUGUAUUUAUACGUAGCUUUACUUAUCGGUGAUGUAAGCAGUAGUGAAGUGAUGCAGUUUCAGUGUUAGCAUAUUUUUGUAUAGAUCACACACACGAUCGUAGGAGGUAAUGGUUAUAGAGAAAAGAAGAGGAAAGGCACAAUACGCUGUAGUGCCUUAUCGCACCAAGUGUGAUUAGGUAGAGAGUAUGUAGCUUACAAUUCAAAGUGAAUCACAAAAGAUGGGAAUAAAAUGCAGAGAGAAUUCUGAUACUCUACGCUAUCUUCGUAAGGGGUACGUCAAUGUUGCUCUGUAAAUGUAAGCAAAAAUCAAUUUAAAAUAUGGAUAUUGAAAUAAAGAAUAUACGUAAAAUUAAA